GGACACAAUGCCCCCCUGGGGAAAUGGCCCUGGCAGGUCAGCCUGAAGAUGUACAGCUACUACUCAUCCGCCUGGGUGCACAGAUGUGGUGGCUCCCUCAUCCACCCACAGUGGGUGCUGACUGCUGCCCACUGCAUUCACCAUAGAAAUGCUGACCCGUCAACCUACCGCAUCCUGGCUGGGGACAUAUACCUCUAUGGUGACCAGAAGCUCUUGAAUGUGAGCCAGAUAAUUUUCCACCCAGACUUCGUUUCUUUUCAUCUUGGUGUGGAUGUGGUACUUCUGAAACUGGCAGAACCAGCAGAUUGCUCUGCUAAUGUCAAGCCCAUCAAGCUCCCUUCGUUCAAUAUCGUGGAAUCAAAGAAGAAUCAGUGCUGGGUGACAGGGUGGGGCACUGUCUUUGGGUAUGAAUCGCUGCCUCCACCCUACCGUCUUCAGGAGGUAAGUGUGCAGGUGGUGAAGAACUCAGUUUGUGAGGAGUUAUACCACAAUGCCACGUGGCACUACUUUAAGGACAGGAAGCUCAUCCUGGAUGACAUGCUCUGUGCCGGCAGCAAGGGCCGUGGGACUUGCUAUGGUGACUCUGGUGGUCCACUUGUCUGCAAGAAGUCGGGUUCCUGGACCUUGGUGGGUGUGGUCAGCUGGGGCUAUCGCUGUGGCUGGGCUAUCGUACCCAGUGUCUUUGCUCGUGUUCAGUCCUAUGUACCUUGGAUCAAGCAGCAUAUUCAGAAUUCUUCCUGAGCCCAGUCUACUGGCUUCCACUGGCCAGCCAAGGAGGAGCCUGCUGCCUUCCUCCCAGUGCCUGGGCCUGCUGCUUCUGCUCCUGCCUGACCCAAGAUUCACCUUUUCCUCUGGCAUCCUCGGAGUCCUGGACUUCCAUGAACACUUGCAGGCUGAGGCCCUGUGCCUGGCUCUUGCUGUCUGUCCCUGAUGGAAGGGCAUAAGCUGUGUGAGGCAGGGGCUUGAGCUCCAAGGCACUGGUGCCCGAGUUUGUUUGCACCCAGCUGUUGGAGGACACCUGGGAUAUCUCUGCUUUCUGCCUAUCCUGAAUAAACAUGCUAUGAACAA